GGCGGGGAAGAUGCUGGCGCCAGGUCCCGGUGGACAGCAGCCAGGUGCCUUCUGUCGCUGAUCAUCAGUGGCAGCCCUUGGGCUGGUGGGCGGGCUGGCAGACCCCUGGGGCCCCCGAGGCCCUGGCUGAGCGAGUGUCUGUCCCCUUUUCCCGCAGGGACCCUGUCACGCAGCUGUCGGCGCUGUGGUGGGUGCAGCCCCGUGCUGCCGUUGUCCGGGGCAGGGGACGACCUGUCCCCUUGCUGAGCCUUGCACCGCCCCUAAAGCUUGAUGCCUCCACGCAGGUGUCUGUGCCUUUCUGGGGUUUAAGGUUACCCCCAGAAUAGGCUGCUUGACUCUCUAUGCUCCUGGGACAGAUGCUCCUUAACCGCUGGUUUGUUAAAAACAACCCAACAAAACACAGGCUGAGUUAAGCUUGGUGCUGCGUGGCUCCCCUCUGGCUGGUUUUUAGGCCUCGGGAAGGCGCAAGGGGAAUCCUCAAAAAAUCUGGGGCAUCGCUUGAAACAAGACACACUGGGCACCCUUACUUCAGACCUGGAUAUAUAUAUAUAUAAUAUACAGUAGUAGGGGGGCAAAAUCCCUAAAAGCUAGAAGAGAUUCAACCUACAACUCAAGAAACUGCUGAUUGCCACUACGAAUGGAUGAAGGUUCUGAAGGAAUACUUGAUUGAACUAUUUCUUGCUAUAUUUUCAAAAGGAAUAUGAUGAACUUCUUAGCUUUUAAGAAAAAAUACUGUGUGCCAUUACAAGCAUACCUUAGGCAAAGUAGUUUGGAUCUGGAGGAGGAGGAAAAAUCUGAGAUUAUCAAUCAUGAGGUAAAAAACCUUUAAUAACUUGGAAUGGGGACGCUAAAGGAAAUAUUAGUGAAAGCACAGACGUAGCACAAAUAUUUGUACUCAUGAGAUCCCAAGUUCCGAAGAACAAUGAUUUUGCUAGAGAAGUGUUUUUCAAGCAAGUGAAGAAUUUGGUGAAGGCCAUUAGAAACACACAGGAGGUAGAAUGCCUCCCACUCCUCCAACAGUGCAAUUUGCAGGACAGAAACAAAGCCAACAACAGUAAAAUAAUCCAUCCAAGCAUCUGUCUGUGGAAAAUGUGGCAAGUUCACACACUCCUCCAUCUCAGCUGCUAGGGAGACAGCAACCUGCAGACGUCUUCACAGUGGCUUUCCCAGCUUCAUUGCAGCUUUCACAGCAACAACCACCUGUCGGAGAGUUUCCAGAACAGCCUCAGAAAAUGGAGUCCCAGCCACAAAGUAUUUCCAUCGUUUCGGCUCCAUAUAGCCAGCUCAUGAUAUCUCUUCAACAGCAGGAAACCCAAGUGCAUCAACGAAUAGCAGACCUCAGGAAAGAAGGUUUAUGGUCCCUAAGGCGAUUGCCCAAACUUCAAGAGGCUGCAAGACCCAAAUCUCACCAGGAUUAUCUACUGGAAGAAAUGCAAUGGAUGGCAACUGAUUUUGUUCAAGAGCGAAGGUGGAAAACAGCAACUGCUAAGAAGCUGAUCAGAAAUGUGGUGUGCUAUCAUGAAGAUAAGAGGCUUCAUAAGGAGAGGAGCAAGAAAGCAGAACAAAAUCGACUGAGGCGCAUUGCUGCUUCUACUGCUAGAGAAAUUGAACAUUUCUGGUCCAGCAUUAAACAGGUGGUAGAAUUAAAACUGCAAGUAGAAGAAGAAAGAAUGAAAAAUACCUUAAAUGUACAAGAAAUUUCAAAAAGAGGUCAAGAUACAAGAAUUCAGGAUUCAGCAAUAUCUGGGAGAAAAAGAAAAGCAAUCACAUUGCUUACUGAUCACAAAGAGACAGAUGAAGAGAAUGCUGAAGUGAGAAAUUUUGAAAAAGAAAACAUGGGUCAUCAAACUGAGUUGACUGAUUUAGCCAAAGAAGAAAUGGAAGACUCUGUAAGUGAGAGAGCGAGCCCUCUGAAGGAACUAGUAUUCAUAGAGUCACUCCUCAGAAUUGAUCAGCAUGAGAGUACAGAGAAAACAAGUGCUGCAAUGAAACACAUGAGAGACAUAGUAGAGGUUGCUGCUGCUGCAGAAGUGCUGUUACCUAAAGACAGUGCUCAAAUCACAACGACAGUAAAAGGUGAUACUCUGUCCCUGUUGUAUGGGACUCUUAGAGAGUAUCAGAAGAUUGGGCUGGACUGGUUAGUGAAGUUAUAUAAGAAGAAUCUCAAUGGUAUUCUGGGAGAUGAGGCAGGACUUGGCAAAACUACUCAAGUCAUUGCCUUUUUCACACACCUGGCUGGUAAUGAAGGUAACUGGGGUCCUCAUCUUGUUGUUGUACGGAGCUGUAACAUACUGAAGUGGGAGAUUGAACUGAAACACUGGUGCCCUGGGUUGAAACUUCUUCUGUAUUUUGGCAGCCAAAGAGAACUUAUAGAAAAAAAACAGGAGUUGAUGAAACCCAGUAGUUUUAAUGUAUGUAUCACCUCAUACAAGCAACUGUUUAAAGGCCACCAAACCUUGAGGAAAAUGCGAUGGAAGUACUUAGUUGUAGAUGACGUGCAGAAAAUCAAAAAUCUGACUGAGAAGCACUGGGAGGCACUCUUCCAGCUCCAGAGCCAGCAUCGUUUGCUGCUGAUAGACACUCCUUUGCCCAAUGCCUUGAGGGAGUUGUGGACCAUGCUGCAUUUUCUAAUUCCAGGAAUUUCCAUACCUUACCUGGAUUUCCUGGUUAAAGCAGCCAAUGAGGGGACGCAAGAUUAUUGCCAUAAAGUGGCUACAAGAUUGCACAGAAUAAUUCAACCAUUUAUUUUGCGAAGAUCCAAAAGACAUGUUGAAAAACAAUUACCAAAGAAAUAUGAAUAUGUGCUGAAAUGUCAUCUUUCUAAUCGGCAGAAGGCUAUGUAUGAAGAUGUGAUAUUACAACCAAGAAUCCAAGAAACUCUUAAAAAUGGAAACUUUGUUAGUGUCCUUCAUAUUCUGAUGCAGCUCCAAAGGAUCUGUAAUCAUCCUGAUCUGAUAAAACCGAGGCUUUCUGGCUCCUCCUAUGUAUCAGAGACACUGGAAUAUACAACUGCUUCUCUAGUACUAAAGGUACUAGAACGGGAUCUUUGGAAGGAUUCAGACACAUGUCUCUUUGAUCUGAUUGGGCUGGAAAACAAAAUGACUGACUAUGAGGCACAAGUACUGCCCAAACAAAAGGUGACUAGAAAGCUUAUUGAAGAGAUCUACAGCUCCCCUCAUCUUUCACCCAGACCCAACCCAAUGAAGCUCAAACCAAGCAGGUUAUUUCAACCAGUGGAAUAUGGACAGAAACCUGAAGGUUGGAUUAUAGAUUUCCUAAAUCCUUCAUCAUGGCAUACAGGGAAUACAGUAAUGGUUAUGGCAACACAUCAUGGGAAAAAACAAGGAAGAUUGCCUCUUGCCACGUUUUCAGCAAAUCAUAAUAGGAAAGGUUUGAUCUGUGACAAGAUAGUAAAACUAAGCCAGCUGGCCUCCACAGCUGGAGCACAAGGCAAAACUAUUCAGCCAAACAUGCCUGUAACACUGCAGUUUAAAGGGAAAACAUUUACUUUUUCUUAUGGUCAACUCUGCCAGCUUACUGGAGGACGUCUUCGGCAACUUCAAGUUACCAAUUUGGCCGUGGAUGAUCCAGAAACUGAAUCAAAAUCUGUAUCUACCCUGGAAUGUCCAACACAGACAGCAUUUGACGAAAGGAACAGGCACCUAAAAGAGCGCCUGGACAGAAUAUUUUCUGGAAAUGAGCGACGUUGUUCCAGAGUCCCAAUGUAUGGCAGAGACAUGUUGGGAAUUUGCUCUUUGAUUGGUGAAAAAAAGAUUCCUCAGCAGAGUUCUACCAGGGACAACAAAUGGAUGUGGGCUGGUUUUGUGAACUGUUGCCUUUCUUCAAGUGGCUCAGGAGGCCAAAAUGAUCCACUGCAAGCCCUGAUCCUGACAUCCAAUCAGCGACAGGAAUCCCUACAGGAUUAUAUUAAUAGCGCUCUCUGUGUGCUGCCGGCAGCAGUUGCUGCUCCCGCAUAUUUGCGUGUUGGAAAUCCUUCCCCUUCAUAUAGGCAUGGAAUGAAAAUUUUCAAGCACAAUCUUAAAGAGCAGGCAGCUCCCUAUUUAUAUCAGCUGCAACAGAUUACAACUCCACGCUUACUACAGUUCCCUGAUCGCCGACUGGUGCAGUUCGAUUCAGGCAAAUUGGAAGCUCUUGCUGGCUUGCUUCAGAAGUUGAAAUCUAAAGGACACCGUGUGCUGAUUCUAACACAGAUGAUUCUAAUGUUAGAUAUACUGGAGCUGUUCUUAAAUGUCCAUUUUCUCACCUACAUAAGAAUUGAUGAAAAUGUCAGCUGUGAGCAAUAUCAGGAGCUGAUAAAAAGAUUCAACAGAGAUAAGCGAAUCUUCUGUGCCAUUCUUUCCUCCCACAGUCCUUCCAUGGGUGGCAGUCAUGUACAGGCAAACAUUGUUGUGUUCUGUGACACUGAUUUAGAUCCACUGAUGCAUGCAAAAGCUCAGGAAUGGUGUGAUAUAGUUGGGAGAAACAAAGACAUCCACAUAUACAGGCUUGUAAGUGGUAAUUCCGUAGAAGAGAUGCUGUUGAAAAAUGGCUCAAAAUGUUUGAUUAAAGAAGUAGCUGCUCAGGGAAAUAACUAUCCUAUGACAUUUUUAACACAGCAAACUGCUCAGGAGUUACUUGAAGUACAUUCUUCGUUAGGGGACCUUGAUUUCAGAGUCAAAGCUGGGGAGUUUGUGGUACUUUCUGAGAAACCUUCUCUGGAAGAAACAAUCUCGCCCAAAGUUGCACGGCUUUUUGCAGAGGCUCUUAGUGUUGAACAGAGAAAAGAGGAUCUUGGAAAAUAUGCACAAGAGGCAAGAAUUGAGUCAAGAAUUGAAGUAACUUCAGAGUUAUGCUGUCCAAGAAGUAUUAAGGCUCCGUCACAGUUAGAGGAAUUGGCUGACAUUAUGGAUCUGCUGACGCCAAUUGAAAAGUAUGCUUUGAAUUACUUGGAAUUAUUUCCUGACAACAAUGAUCAGGGAAAGCAGAAAGUCAAUGAGAAGUCGAAAACUGCAAACAGAGAGUGGGAACUCAAUCAUAUCAAAGAGCUGAAGGAAAAAGAAGAUAAAAUGCAGUUGGAAGAGGAGGAAGAGCUCCUAACCUACACCAGGCAAGAUGCAUAUAACAUGGAGUAUGUCUGUGAAGACCCAGAUGGACAAAUAGAAAGAAUGCCUAUUUGGACUCCCCUUACUCUGCCUUCAGAUCACGAUAACGUCUACGUUGAUUCUGUUAUGUGCCUGAUGUAUGAUUCCACGCCAAUUUCAGAGUCUAAGCUGCCCCCUUUGUUUGCCAGGAAGGAGAGUAAGCAAUUCAGAAUGGAUCCACCUGCUGCAGUUCGGAGGAAUAAACGUCAUCAUGGAGAGGUGGCUGUUCCUCCUCGGUCACUUUUUCACCGAGGGACUCCAAGAACAUUGAAAAUACGUCGAAAGGUCAAUGAGCAGAAGACCAUCCUGCUGAAACAGCAAACAUAUUUUGCAAAACCUUUGCCUGCUGUUGUCAAACCAGCUGCUGAGGCAGCUGCUGGGCAGGACAAUCCUGAGUGGCUGAUCAGUGAAGACUGGGUGCUGCUACAAGCAGUGAAACAGUUACUGGAGCAUCCUUCAAAUCUUGCCAUUAUGUCACCGGUGCACACACUCAAUUGGGAUCUUGUUAGUGACCUUGUUAACUCCUAUAGCCAAGUUUAUCACUCACCAAAACAAUGCCAAAAUCGGUAUGAAAAUGUUGUUAUUCCAAGAGAAGAAGGAAGGAACAUCAGUAGUCACCUUGUUUGUGCCAGACAUAUCUAUGCUGAAGACCCGAAUGCUGCACACACCCAACUUUACAUGAGUCACUUUGAUUUAAUGAAAAAGAUAGCAAGAAAAAGAAGUCCCUCGGUUAAACCUCUAAGAAAUAACUAUGACAAGCCAUCCUCCAUGAUUCACGCUGCAUUCUGCUGUACAGAGUCUAUGUCAAAAGAGCACAAGGCUUCAGGAGGUGCAAGUACAGCUCAGGUACAAACAGCUGCAGCAUCCAGUGCUCCAACAGAAUUAGUGACUGUAACAUCUACUCAGGGUUCUCAAGCAGGAAUGUCUGUGGCAGCAUCAUCGAUAGUAACCACCAGUCUGACAACAUGGCAGACCCAAACGCCCUUAGUGGCUCAGGUUAUGUCAGCCAAGCCAACAGAAGUUCAGCUUUUUAGUAAAACAGUCACACCUGUCCAUUUCCAGCUUCCUAGGCAGCAGGAGACAGAAGCAGUUGAGGUGCAAGUCCCACGGAUUCAGUCCCAGCUUCAAGCACAAGGACAGAUCCAGGUCCAAACACCUCAGGCAGCACAAGUUCCUCAGGCAAAUCUUCCAGUGAUGUCUGUUCCACCAACAAUUGUACCAUCUGCAGGAGCUGCAACACUCCCUCUUACUGAGAUCUCUGUCACUGAGAUUAGCGUUGCCCUUGGGCAUUCACAGAAAGCAGCAGGAGCCCAGACAUUGGAUGUACAUAUCCAUCAGUUUCCAAAACUUACACAUCAAGUAGCUCAGCAACAGAGCCAUUCAUUCCCAGAUGGUUCAAGGCCAAGCUACUGUGUAGAAAAGGUUCAGGCUCAGUCACAAACUGCGGCAGUGUCCGUCAUCACCCGCAGGUCACCACGCCUAAAUGAUUUCUGCAGUAAUGGCUACAGCUCAGGUGAUCCCCCAGAAAUCAAUAGAGGAACAGGUCCUGACAAUAGUCUCUCUCCAGUCACUGACCCCAGGUGUACAGAACUCAGCAGUCUCAACCAAAAUUAGCAAGUAAAAGUGCACAGGAGGUUACCUACUUUCAUACUGUGAAAGCAUCUAUGAAACCUUGUUGAACUAAUGAUUACAUUAGAAUAAGCAGAAAAGUACAGUAUUUUAUAUUUGCUAAACCAUGACAAUAAAAUCCGCAGGUUGUCCACAUUUUAUUUUCCAAAUGAAGACUGAGCACUUUUUUACAGACAUAAAUGCAAGAGAAGUUAUUACUGAAAUCUGAAAAAAGAAAAAUGUACCCAACAUUGAAAAUAUAUUAAUUGUAAUGUACAGAUAAAAGGUCUGUUAAAAUGAAAUGCUUUCUGCUGACAGAAAAUAACCAUCUUUCUGUACCAAAGCAGUGAAUAACUAAAUUACAGAGACAGAGGUGUAAUCAACAUGUUCAUCAUAUUGCUAGGCUAUUGUCUCAAGAACAAUAUCAAAUAAUAGCCAGUUAUUCUUUAAACAGAAGUACAUUUUACUUGUGGAGUGUUGCACUAAAUGGAAUGCAUAACAAUGAAAACUGCUGGCUUUUUUUUGUUAGAUCUACUGAACUGAAUAGGUGUCCUGUUAGGUGUAUGGAAACAAAAUGUAAACUAAAUUUUUAGAUGAAUCUUUAGCGCUGUAAAGUAGGAAAUCACUGAGCACUGACAUACUGCCUAAACUGAGUGUAAGUUGAACAAUAAAGUGUCCUUUCUUUUUAUAUAAA